UUCACCCGCAGUCACUCGAAUACCAUCAUGUUGGUUUCGUCCAAGCGUGUGGUUCUUUUCCUAACUCUUUAUCUCUUCAAUGAUGUUGUACAGGGCUCUACAAGGAAACUUAGAAGGGUGUUAACCCAGCAGGGUUAUGUCAGGGGAAUACGACAAGACAUCCAAACCAAUAAGGGACAAAAAACGAAAACCAUCUACAAGUUCCUUGGCGUUCCUUAUGUUGAGAAGCCCAUUGGCGAUCUUCGCUUCAAGCCUCCACAAGCUCUUUCCACUCGAAGAUCAAGUGAUUAUGAUGCUACUUUUCUAAGACCAAUUUGCAUGCAGGGCAAAUAUUACUUUAAUUCGAUAAGAGGAGCUUGGCCAGAAUUUGACCCAAAGAGAGAUAUGAGCGAAGAUUGCCUGUACCUGAACAUCUACACUCAAAGCACAAGAGGUAAAAAGAAAUUCCCAGUUAUCUUUUAUAUCCACGGAGGAGGCUAUUUCGUAGGUACCCCUACACGUGAUAUAUCACCAGGCGAGUAUUUGCCCACACGCGGUGUGGUUCUUGUCACCAUCCAGUAUCGACUUGGAUCAUUUGGGUUCUUCACUACUGGGGACCCAGAGGCACCUGGAAAUGUGGGUCUUCUUGACCAGGUAGAGGCCCUCAAGUGGGUUCAACGAAACAUCGAGGGUUUUGGUGGCGACAAGAAUAGCGUGACUCUCCUUGGUGAAAGUGCAGGAGGAUCUAGUGUAGGUUUACACUACUUAUCACCCCUGUCUAGAGGACUGUUUCAUCGGGGUAUUGCAGUGAGUGGUGUGGACCAGUGCCCUUUCGCCUACCAACCAAAGUCUACGGUCCUAGAACAAAGCAAGAAAUUAGUCAGGGUGUUUAACUGUACGAAAUCUAGCAGCCGACAAAUACUUCAGUGCUUAAAAUCAGUUCCAAGCACUACUAUCUUAGAAAACUCGAUAUAUUUGUGGAUCCUACCGUUUGUUGACCAACACUUUCUCCCAGACGAGCCAAGAACAUUAAGAAAAAGAGGAAAGUUCCAUAAGCUUCCUUUAAUGUCAGGCUUUGUCAGUCAGGAAGGUUCUUAUGUAGUAAAAUGGUAUUCAACAUUUUACAAUACGACAUACAAUUCUACAGGUCUCGGUGAAUAUCUGGAUAAUGUCUUUCUGCCUAUUGAAUACAGUCGUAAAAAAGAUGACACCUACGUUGCUUAUGACGCUCUAAAAUUUCAAUACACACCAUGGGAUGACCUGAACAACCCUACCCGGUUCCGUGACAAGCUUACAGAAAUGUGGUCAGAUCACAUUUUCAUUGCUCCAACCGAUGCUGCCUUGACCAUCCAUAGUGAUUAUGGUGCUCCUACCUACAUGUUUGAGUUUGCUCAUCGCUCUAGAUACCAUCCAAAGCCGAAAUGGAUGGGGGUCGUUCACGAAGAUACAACAGCCUACAAGUUUGGUCUYCCGCUUCUUAAYUCCAAAACAAAACUAAAGUUUGACAAGAAAGAUAAAAAAGUCAGCGAUAUGGUAGUGACCAUGUUUACCAAUUUUGCUAAAUUUGGAAACCCGACCCCGAGACGUGUGCAUGGUUUGAAAUGGGACAACUUUGACUCGUCCAAGAAGGCUUACUCGAAGAUCCAGACGAAUCCUUUCAUGACCAGCAAAUACCAUCCACUCAGAAUGGCCUUCUGGAAUUCGUAUUUCCCGAMACUUCUUCCAGAGAAGCCUGUACCAUCAUCUAGCGAAGAAGAAUCACUUUUGAGUAACGCGGCUGUAAAACGUGGGAAAUAAACUAACUUUGACCAAAUCGAUAUAAAAGAAUGUCCCUCGCCCUUUGGAUAUUUAAAGAUUAAGCAUGCUAUGCAGUAUGAGAUUUAUGAAUUGUAGUCAUUUGAGAUGUUAACGAAAUAGAUUCCAAUGGCACUAA